AACGGUGGGAAUAUUCAAUUCAUUAUUCUCAACACAGUAUUUUGAAGUUAUUUGCUGUGAGAUACAGCUUGUCAGUGUAACUAUCAAGUGGAGGAUAUUUAUGAGAAAUCUGACUUGAACUGAUUGGAGAUAUGUCAUUGAGUGUUUCUGAUAGAGAAAAACGUCAUCGAAAUUAUUUAAUCUUGGAUGCUCGUUAUAAAGACGAUUCAAAUUAUAUUUGUGUGGGAGUAUAUUCAGAAGCAGUAUGCUGCUGGACACGACUGGAAGUACCACGAUGAAGAACACUGGUCUCCGUUAUGUAAGGAAGGAACACACCAGUCACCCAUCGCCCUCUAUGAUUAUUCCGCUAAAUCAAUGCACUACGUUCCAUUCAAUUUGACAGGGUAUGGGAACACGUUUACAGCAAAAAUGAAAAAUAACGGACAUUCAGCGGAAAUACGUCCAGAUUUCAAAAACAAUACUCCAGAAAUAAAAGGAGGGGGUCUGCCAGAAACUUAUCAGAUGGACCAUUUGCAUUUCCAUUGGCAAUCUGAGCACACAAUAAAUGACUACAGGUUUCCUUUGGAGCUACAUAUUGUGCACUAUGCCAAACAGUAUGGAAAUCUCGAUGAAGCUAAACUACAUGUUGGAGGUGUGGCAGUUGUUGCAGUUUUAUUCGAUCUUUCUCCUGACGAUGACGAGGAGAUUCAACCCAUUUUUGACAUCCUUGAAAGUAUCCAAGACGACUUGAAUGAUCCGAAGGAGUUGAAUGACUUCGUUGUUAAGCGGUUCAUCCCCAGAGACCAUGCCGGGUUCUACAGAUAUGAGGGAUCACUAACUACACCUGGUUGCGAUGAAGGUGUCAUCUGGACAAUCUUCACUCAAACCAUGCCCAUAUCUCGACAUCAGGUGGAAACAUUCGAAAAAAUUCGUACCGUGGACCACACAAUGCUGAAAGAAAAUUUCAGAUCUUUGCAGCCUUUGAAUGACAGGACGGUAUACAUCAAAAUCAGUCCAAUUCCACACCCAAGAAGUACUGCGGAUACCAAAAAGGCUUCAGUUGUAGCUUACCUCAUUCCCUGCAUUUUUUAUAUCUUAUUCAAGAAUAAUAGUAAACUCCAGCAGUUGCGAAUCAGCCCCAUUAUCAACUUGGUUCUUCAGAUCGACAAUAUGAAGAUAUUUUCAUACUUGGUUGUCGUAAUUUUAUUUCCAGGACGGAAAUCCCAAAAUUGGAACUACGAUAGAUUUGAUAACUGGCCACUAGAAUGUAGGCUGGGCAAAAGUCAAUCGCCAAUACCAAUAAACAAAGAUGAUGUGGUGAAGCAGACCAUGCCUUUGUUUAAUUUUAUCAAUUACGAUAUCCCAUUGACCGCCACACUCGAUAAUACGGGAGCAACAGAUAAGUAAACUUCCCAAUGAUUUUUUGUAUGACAUAACAGAAUAUGUUGAAGAUAUUGCACACAAAGUUCGCCAACCUUUGAAAUUGGAUGCCCCAUUCUUUCCAAGCAGCCUACUCCCUAGUAAAACUGAUAGCUACUUCACAUACCAAGGUUCUCUUACGACUCCUAAUUGCGACGAAUCAGUUCUAUGGUUCGUUUUUCCACAUCCUUCCAGCAUCAGUCAGGCACAGUUGGAUGACUUGACUAAUAUCUACACAAGGAAUGGUGAGCCACUUUUGUUCAACUCCAGGCCUCUUCAAAAAAUAAACGGACGAGAAGUGCUAUUCACAAAUGGAGUGCACCGCCAUAGAUCUUAAAUUCAUAGUCAGUUCGAAUUGGAUGUUUUUUAUUUAUUUUUUAUUUAUAUCGAAAAAUUAAAAACCAUCAACUUUUA